AUGGCACGCCAGAAGGUGAACCUCCAGUACAUCACCAACAAGCUGGCCCGGCGCGCGACGUACAAGCGGCGCUGCCGUGGCCUGAUGAAGAAGACGAGCGAGAUCGCGGCGCUCUGCGGCGCCCGGGCGUGCGUGGUGGUGUACGACGGCGACGCCGGCGCGGCGGCGCGGCCGGAGGUGUGGCCCUCCGCCGCGGAGGCCGCGCGGCUCUUCAGGAAGUACCGGGGCAUGCCCGAGGGCAGCAGCUUCAAGAAGGCCACGGACCAGCUGCAGCACCUCGCCGCCCGCUUCGCCAGGGUCCGCGGGCAGGUGAAGCGGUCCGAGGACGCGAACGGCGAGCGCGACGCCGCGGCGCUCCUCCACGAGCGCCUGGCCGGGCGCCGCCCGGGCCUCGCCGGCGCCACCGACAAGGAGCUCGCCGCCCUCAAGGUUUUGGUGGAGCGGAGGAUGAAGGAGGCCAAAGAACGCCUGCGGCAGCUCGGCGCCGGGGAGGAGGGCGUCCACCCGCCCGCGGCGCCGACGGCACCCAACGGAGGGGAGCUUGGCGCCGUGCUCUACAGCGCCUCCGGAGGUAGAGACGACGGCGCCGGCCCGAGCGGCAGUGGAUCGCCUGACCCGAUGGAGGCUUUCGACCAGGGUUGUGAGUGUGACUUGGGGUUCUCGUGGAUUGAGGAGUGA